AUGUAUACCGUUGGUGCCAUGAAAAGACGGCCAUCGGACGAUCCAGACGCUUGGAUCUUAGGCAGUGGCACCGCCGUGCUAGCAUCCGCCGUCUACCUCGUCCAAACUACGAAGAUUCCCCCCCAGAAUAUACAUAUACUCAAUCCUCACAGGUCGCUGGAUGCCGCGCUACAUGACCGAGGUGACCAUUAUAGAGGAUAUGACCAAUUUGCCCGAUGCCUCCCGGUUCCUGUCGGCUCGCCAUUGAAAGAGCUACUUGACUCUAUCCCAUCGGGUGGAAGGCAGGGCUCAUCAGUCCUUCACGAGAUAGAGGCCAGGGAAGGACUCCGCGAUUCCGGGAAGACUGGUGGCGGCACCUGCUUUAUAAUCAAACGUGAUGGGGUAACGGAGCCAGCCUCGACACAGACCUGGGACUUGAACUUCAGAAGCCGGGUCAGUCUGCUUCGCCUCAUGCUGAUAAAUGAACGACGCGUAGGGAGGGCUCAAAUAAGAGAUUUUCUCCCGGAGAGCUUUUUCCAAAGUGCAUUCUGGGCUAUGUGGUCUGCUCAGUUUGGUGUCCAGCCAUGGCAUAGUGCGGUGGAAUUCAGGCGCGCACUUCGUCAAUAUCUCUCCGAAUCUCGUACUCUGAAUAUCUUGAGCUGUCUAGAUAUCAGCGGGUAUUACCAGUACGAGAUGAUCUUCCUACCCUUGUACUUCUAUUUGCAAAGUCUUGGGGUAGACUUUCAAUUCGAUACGAAGACCGAGGAUAUCGUUCUAUCGGGCGAGAGCCGUCGGCAGGUUUCUCAGUUACACCUGCUGAGAAACGGCGUACGCGAGAAUCAGUUUCUGGGACCGGCGGAUAUAGUUCUCGUGAAUCUUGGCUCUACAGUCUCAGGGUCAACAAGCGGGAAUUCCAAUUAUCCGCCGCCACGGUCGUCUAUGGAAGCUGAUGAAGAACUCGACGAGAACUGGUCGAUAUGGUUGAACCUCCGCAGCAAGAGUGACCAUUUUGGCGAGCCGUACAGCUUCUGUACUCGCCAGUUUGAGUCUAUCAUGGAAUCUUUCACCGUUACCGUGAAGGAUCCACUCGUUUUCCAACAGCUUGCUUCUCUUGCCAAGAACUCCGCCGAGGCUGGGACAUUCAUCGUCAUACUAAGUAGCCAGUGGAAACUGCAUAUCUGUGUCCCUCACCAGCCAGUAUUUCCCGACCAACCACGGGACGUGUGCGUGCUUUGGGGGUUCUCGAACUCUCCUCUGUGCAAAGGAGACUUUAUCAAGAAGCCGAUGGUCCAAUGCUCCGGAAACGAAAUUCUCACGGAGGCUCUGAGGCACUUGAAUCUUGAUGUCGAAUUAUUCUUGCAACACACCAUCACAAUCCCCCGCUUAAUGCCCCGAAUGAGUGCGGCACUCCUGUCUCGCGUGCAGGGAGACCGACCACAAGUUAUUCCCGAAGGGACAACGAACAUUGGCUUUAUAGGUCCAUUUGUCGAAAACUCGCACUAUAGCACCGUGGAUAUUAGCUACGAGGUCCGAACGGCGCAAAAAGCGGUAUCUGAAUUACUCGGUACUAAGCUAGGUCAUGUUGAUCAGUGCCGGUUGUCAUCGUCCGUUUUUCUGGACAUUCUGUUCCGGAAAUGA